AUUGGUUCUGUAUGUUGUCCACAGCUACUACACGUGACAUCCAGGUUACGCUAGAAGACUGCGAAUGGCGAAAAGCAGUUCAGUGUAUGCAUGGAUGUCACACGGAAAGAUGUUAUUCACUUUAUCGCAGGAGGCAUUGCGGGCACCGCUGGGGCUGCGGCUACGUGUCCACUAGAAGUGGUCAAGACACGAAUCCAGUCGUCCACGGCUCCUUUUGGGCUGCACAUUGUGCCCAAGGAUGUGCCGCCAUUUCGUGUGGUGCCCAACGGCAUCAUGCCUCACGUUGGCAUCAGCACCUGGACGAGCCCCGCGUCGGUGACGGAGGCAGUGAGGCCGACGGUCGGGAUGUGGCACUGUAUCUGCCGUAUCAAGGAAACUGAAGGGUACAGAGGCUUGUUCAAGGGUCUCGGACCAAACCUUAUGGGCAUUAUACCGGCAAAAGCGAUCUAUUUCUUCACGUACGCCAAGAUGAAGAAGCUGCUGAAUGAGGUGAUGAAUCCCGACACCCCUCUAGUCCAUAUUUGCUCGUCUUUCGUUGGAGGGUUCACCGUCACCACUUUGACUAGUCCGAUCUGGCUGGUUAAAACAAGACUGCAGCUCGAUCAGAAACGUGAGGGCAAGUUGACGAUGCAGAAGUGUGUUCGAAGAGUUUACCAGCAGCACGGCCUGUCUGGUUUCUAUAAAGGCGUUACCGCCUCGUACAUUGGCAUAUCGGAGACUGUCAUACAGUUUGUGUUCUACGAGGAGAUCAAGAGCCGUUUACAGUUCAGCAACCAUGACAGGAUGGAUGAAGACUUGCACACUCUUAUCAGUAUCGGCAUCGCGGGCUCUCUCUCUAAAGCCAUCGCCACAUGUAUUGCAUAUCCACAUGAGGUUGUGAGGACUCGGUUGCGGGAGGAAGGUACAAAGUACAAAUCUCUGGCACAGACAUUUCUGCUCAUCCUCCAAGAAGAGGGCAAGAGUGGACUGUAUCGCGGGCUUACUACACAACUCGUCCGACAGCUUCCAAACUCGGCCAUCAUCAUGGUCACCUACGAGUCGGUUGUCAAGGUGAUGGAGCUGGUUUCCUGAUCACACUUGACCCUUGACCCGACUGGAGUGACCAUCCUCCACAUGUGUUUGGCCCAGAGCAGUGUGUGUGUGUGGUCUCGGAUUGUGUGUGUGUGGUGUUAAAGAGAAUGCUGAACUGGUUACUGCUGUAAGAUGCUGAGGACUGAGAGUCGUUUUAGUGACUAAAAUGUUAUUAUUAAUGUUUUCUUGUUAGGUCAGGUCAGGUCAUAGGUUUUAAUGUGCACUUUGCCAGCUCCUUCCUCCGUCCUGAACAGGAAAAGGUUUGAGGUGGGUGGGAGAGGGGUGUUGCCUGCGCUGACAUGUUAAGGAUAUCAAUGUCUUAUAUACCCAAGUUUUUUUUUCCCUUGUUGCUUCCAGGGAACAUUUUGUUCAGUAUCACAUCGCGAUUCGCUACGCAAGUUUCAGAAAUUGCUAUCCAAUUUUAAAACUUAAACUGUAGUUGCUAAUCAAUUUUUCAAUAGACUAGAAAUAUUGCAUAUAUAUAUAUAUAUAAAUUAUAUAUAAAUUAUAUAUAUAGAUAUGGAAUUUUUGAUAGGUAAAAUCCACUUUGGGCUAGUUCAAAUAUUAAAGGGACCAAAAACACGAAUGUAGCUUAAAGCAGACACUGGUAUUUUGAACAAGAAAAUGUGUUUAAUAUUUGUGUUUAGUCGCUGAAAAUGCUCUGUAAGUGAGAAACGAGUUUCAAUGGUGGUGAACUUGGUAUAGUCUCUUUAAGACUGUUGGACAGUUUUGCACAAUACAGCGAAAUGUUGGUGCCAUAAGAUUUGCAUAUGGAUGACUCGGUGUGGUGAAGUGAGAGAUUUUGUCAUGACAGUAAUAUGAGCCUUAUGCUUUGCUGAUGUUAGGUCGAUGCUCUAAAAGUGAAAAAGUUUUUUAAGUUGGUAGUAUUUUGGAAAUCUGGUUUAUAUCUGGAUCAUCAUUAAAGUAAUUAAAACGGAGACAUGAAUUGAAAUGGAUUUCAGUAAAUACAUGUAUAAGACAUCUAGUAAUUUGAGAACUAGUAUGUUAACAAUUUGUUAUUGUGGUGUAUUUUGUUUCACUAAUGGUAGUGAAUUUGGAUAUGUGAGUUCGAAUACAGUUUGCCAAAUGUUUGUUUUUUAAUAAACUAUUAUUUCUGA